AUGCUCAAUUUAGUAAUCAUUUUUGCACAACCUCAGAGCUCUAUUCUUUCGUAUUAAUAUUACUAAAAUAUGGGAUAGGUUAUUUUGAAUAACAAAAACAUCUGGAAUUCUGAAUCGAAUCCUAACAAAUUCAAAAUAAAAGAGACUUGCUUUGUGUUUCAAGGAUCUCGAUUUUGUUUUAAUAUGAUUUAUUUACUUAGCACUUGA